GAUGCGCACUGUGCAUCUGGCUGAGGACAGAGCGUGCGUUUCAGAAGGGCGCACACACUUACAUCCGCACAUACACAGACGGACACAUACUAUAGGAUCCUCCCCUGUGUGAAGUGGAAAUGGAGUUCAAAUAGGCGCACCACCUAACCUCAUGGACUAAUCGCAGUGACUGUCGUUUUGGAUUUCUGAACUUUACGCCCAGAAACACGCAGAAGAGAAAAUGUGGAGAUACGCGAACUUGUUCGCCUGUCUGCUGGUUUUGUGUAAAGAUGCCUCCGCACAGAGCAAGAUCUUUGGGGAGACCGAGCCUGUUCGGAUGACUUCAGAAGGCUCAGACUGCCGGUGUAAGUGCAUCAUGCGCCCUCUAAGCAAGGACGCCUGCCUCCGGCUGCGGAGCGGCAGUGUACGUGUGGAGGACUUCUACACAGUGGAGACGGUGAGCUCUGGAUCAGACUGUAAGUGUUCGUGCACGGCCCCGCCAUCCUCUCUCAACCCCUGUGAAAAUGAGUGGAAGAUGGAGAAGCUGAAGAAACAGGCCCCUGAGUUACUAAAGCUCCAAUCCAUGGUGGACCUCCUCGAGGGAACUCUUUACAGCAUGGAUCUAUUGAAAGUCCACUCCUACAUUAACAAAGUGAUGUCGCAGAUGAACACCCUGGAAGAGACAAUCAAGACAAACCUUACACGAGAGAAUGAGUUUGUUCGGGACAGCAUGAUGAGCCUCACCAACCAGUUUAAGAGAUAUGAGAACUAUUCCAACAUUAUGAUGAGUAUCAAGAAGGAGAUCUCAAGUCUCAGCUUGCAGCUGCUACAGAAAGACUCCUCUGAGAGCAAAGCACAGGACACUAAUGAUGAGAAAGCCAAGGAGACUGUAAAAAUACCCAACAAAAAGACCCCUGCAGCCAAAUCCCCUCCCAAACCACCCAAAGAAAAGGUCAUCAAGCCCAAGAAAGAGGUCAUCAAACCUGGAAAACCGGCCAAGCCUGACCCUACAGCCAAAGCCAAGGUGGUUGGCCACCAGCCUGGUGUAGUGAGAGGCAUCACAUACUACAAGGCUUCCAAAAAUGACGAGGAUGAGCACAGAGGAGACAAUUCUGCCAAAAUGUACACAGUCCACCACGUCAAGGAAAACCAGUCUGAGGAUGGAGGGGCGGAAGUGUCCUUGGAAACCGUGGAGGCCACUGUGGCUGAACCCAUCGAAACCACUGCAGCUCCCACUACUACAACUACAGCAAGCACCACCACUACAACCACAACAACCACCACUACUACACCUACUACUGUCACAACCCAAAGUAGACCAGCAUCUGAAAGACCAGCUCCAACAGUUGUACUAGUGCUGGACAACUCCAACAACAACAGUCGCCCCUCCCUCCACAGAGCAGGGAAGAUCCUCAACUGUGAGGGAACUCUCGCAUCAAUUGAGCAGCCAGAGAAGCAGCAUAGCUAUGGUCGCAAUGAGGGAGCCUGGAUGAAGGAUCCCCUGGCAAAGGACUCCAAGAUCUAUGUCACUAACUAUUACUAUGGCAACAACCUUGUAGAAUUCCGCAACCUGGACAACUUCAAACAAGGUCGGUGGAGCAACCUUUUCAAACUGCCUUACAACUGGAUUGGCACAGGUCAUGUGGUGUACAAUGGAGCUUUCUACUAUAACAGGGCUUUUACCAAGAACAUCAUAAAGUACGAUCUGAGGAUGCGCUACGUGGCAGCCUGGACACUGUUGCAUGAUGUGGUUUACGAGGACACCACCCCCUGGAAGUGGAGGGGCCACUCGGACAUUGACUUUGCAGUGGACGAAAGUGGCUUGUGGGUGAUUUACCCUUCCAUGGACUAUGACUACAACCAGCAAGAGUUGAUUGUCAUUAGUAGACUGGAUCCUGGAGACCUGUCAUUGAAAAAAGAAACAACCUACAGAACAGGUCUCAAGAGGAACUCUUACGGAAACUGCUUCAUCAUCUGUGGUGUCUUGUAUGCUGUCAACGUGUACAACCAGAAGGAAGGUGAAGUUAGCUAUGCUUAUGACACCCACACCGACACUGAAGCCAUCCCACGCCUGCCCUUCACCAAUGAGUACUCAUUCACCACCCAGAUUGACUACAACCCCAAGGAAAAGCUUUUGUAUGCCUGGGACAAUGGCCACCAGCUCACAUAUCGAAUAAACUUUGUUGACGAGUGAGCACAUAUAAUAUGUGCUAUAGAAAAGCUCACAGUUGGCCUGCCAGUGUGGUACCUAAGUAGAAAGAAGAUUCUCAGUAUUUGACAGCCAAGAAGCAGCCACAUUGGACUCAACAGGACAAAGGAUGAACCUACACCAGCCUUUCACCAUCAAUGCUUGCUAUCCAAACACCGAACCUCACGGUGUACGAAACAUACAUGCCUCAAACAUGUAAUGGGUUAUGACUGUACAAUAUGUCAAUCGAAUGGACAGGGAACAGUGGAAAUAAUCUCACAGGUUGAGUUAACGUUCAUCAAGAACGCAUUUGCAAUAUCUUUAUGUUCAGUAAUGAAAUGUCAGCAGGCUGGCCAACUAGCAGACAGACAGAUUUUUUUUACAUCAACUUUUUGUUGCAACAUUUUCUUGAAGUUUGCAUUUUGGAUUUAUCACUAAAUGUUAUUUUGGUAGUUUCUGAGUGAAAUAGACUUACAUCAAUCAAGCAGACACUUUCCCAAACAAACUCUGUUAAACUCAGUUUUUAAAAGAUGUAUAGAUGGAAAGAUGGAGGCAAAUAAUUUUUCCUCUUUCAUUAACUGUACUGACCGUAUUAUCCACUCUUAAUGUACUUAAAGUUAAUAUCUAUUGGCUUGGCUGAACUUUUUGCACACACAAAAAGAAAAGCACAAGAGAGUCAAAAAUGAAGAAAGCCGUUUUAACUUUAACCAUCCACUGUUAUUUAACUUUCCUAUGUCACAAUAUAAACUGCUGCAAAAUCACAGGUAUUGUUUUACAUGGUUAUAAGACAAGAGGCAAUGGUAAAAACACAUCUCUUGAAUAAAGUUUGCAAACUCAACACAGUUAAUUUAUUUUGACCAUGAUUGUGACUCUUGCUACGGCAUGUUCAUGGCUGGCUAACAGUUAGCUGUUACAGUCAUUCAGCAGUCAGGAAAACGGGUAGUCACACUAGGUAUCUUUCCAAUUGAGGAACUCAGGUUAGGGUGAUGCCAACGUUUUAAGGAAAGGCCCCAUAAUCAGCCCUUUCAACCUUUCUGUUACCAUUUCAGUGUAUGAUCCAAAAACUUGCGAUGCUUACUCAGAGUGGGCCAAACCAACAGCAAUAUGUAGUAACUAUUGGGCGUAUCAGAGUUAUAUGUGCAUGUAGGAAACAGAGCAAUGGAGGUUUGUCGUGUGACCCCGUAUGGUGAAUGUAUGCUGUUGAUGGCAAUGUUUGAGAGGAGAUGACUGCUACUCAACAUUGAGAGGGCAGAAAAACUGGUGCUUUUUGUCCUCUCUGAGUUUGACCAAAUGAUGCUAGUGCAAGUGCUACUUUGGUGAUCUGCCUGAAUGCAGUGCUAUCUUUUUCUCAGUUGAUUUAAUGCAGUCAGAUUUUUAUAAGCCAUUUGGUGUUACCUUUCAAGGUCAGCUAAGACCUAAGUAGCUAACUUAACAUAGUAACCAAUUAUGCCUAGAAUUAACAAUCAUCAUCAGACCUAGAGUCUUAGAUGUCACUACUUUUGUCUAAAGUGUUAUUUGGCUCUGUCUCUUAGUAUUUAACUCAACCAAUGAGGUUAUUUCUGCCUCGAGAACAUAGGCUUCUACAUCUGAGAAAUGUUGCAAAACUAUUAACUGUUGUUUCACUUGCCCAUCUACUCCAUCCUAUCACCAAGCACUUUGAUCAUGAAUUUGCUUUGAUUAUUAUUCCGGCCUCAUGAUGCUUCCUGUAUCUUUACCAUUGAUGUUGUUUUGCGGGAUGUGUUGAAUAUAAUAUGACCUCCAAAAAACAAUGUACACAAGUUUCUAAGCUUAAGAUUUUUUAUAUUAACAUAAAUUGAAUUGACAAUAUAAUACUUUUUCAUGCAUCUUUUUCAGUUUUUGUAUAAAAGUAUGAAGCUUUUGUCAUUUGUAGUACCAUUUGCAUAACCACUACAUUUAUUGAAGUUAUUGUAUUUGAACAUGUUCACCUCAAUGGAAACAAACAAAUGUGUCCAUUAAAGCAAAUACCAAAGGUGCACUGCACCAUUAACAUUACCACCUUCCAUAAAAUCACUAAUGUGUUUAGCUUUGACAAUGAAUGGCAGUUUUUUUUUGUUUUGGGAAUUGUAAGCUUUAAGUCUCAAGAGGUAAUUCUUACAGAACUGCAUAGUGUUGUUUUGGACUCGUUCGCCAUUUAUGAUUUCUAACCACAAUAGUUUGCUCAUUCCGGAAUCAAGAGAAUUUUUUGAGUUUAAACAAUAAGGGCAAUGUCAAUUGCAAUAAAGUAAUUUGCUUGUCUUACACAGAAACAAUGUUUAUGAAAUGUAACACAGCACUUGAAACCAGUUGUGCGUGUGCCUGUGCUAUGAAAUAAAAUUUCCAUUAUAAAAGUC